AUGGUCAAUUUUCCAUCACCAAAUGAAAAAGUUCUUCCACAUAAUAUUAAAUUGGAUAAAACACCUUCAUAUCAUGAAAAAGAUGAAGUAUGUGAUCGAAUAAUUGGUUCUCUUCUAGGUCUUGCUAUUGGUGAUGCACUUGGAGCUAGUGUAGAAUUUCGUCCUCAACAAUAUUUAUCAGCUAAUCCAGUUCGUAAAAUGGAAGGUGGAGGUACAUGGGGUCUUGAAGCCGGUAAAUGGACAGAUGAUACAUCUAUGGCAUUAUGUCUUGCUUCAUCAUUAAUAACUGAGAAUUGUUUUAAUCCUUAUGAUCAAAUGGUUCGUUAUAAAUGGUGGCAUAAAUAUGGAUAUUUAUCAUCUACAGGACAUUGUUUUGAUAUUGGACAAGCAACUCGUCAAUCUAUUUCAGAAUUUUCUCAACGACAAAAAAUUCUUAAAAUCUAUUAUCGUUGUCGUUCAGAAUAUGAAGUUGAUAGAUUAUCAUUAGAUUCUGUUGAACGUAUUAAUGAUUUUAAUAUAAAUUGUGGUGAUAAAGAUUCAGCUGGAAAUGGAGCUCUUAUGCGUCUUGCUCCUGUACCAUUAUUCUACUUUAAAAAUCCUGAAUAUGCAAUUGAAUAUUCUGCUCGUAGUGCUUAUCUUACUCAUGCAAAUAAAAAAGCAAUUGAUGCAUGUCGUUAUUAUGCAGCACUAAUUAUUGCUGCUCUUUAUGGUUAUCAUAAACAAGAAUUACUUGAUAACAAUUUUUAUUCAAAACAUCGAUUAUGGUUUGGUCAAGAGUCUUUACAUAAUGAUAUAUUAGAAAUUUGUCAAGGAUCAUAUAAAAAAGGUGGAUAUGAACAAGGUAUUAGAGGUAAAGGUUAUAUUGUUAGUGCUCUUCAAGCUGCUCUAUGGGCUUUUUGGUCUGAUAAUGAUUCAUUUGAAAAAGGCGCUCUUGCUGCUGUUAAUCUUGGUGAUGAUACUGAUACAACAGCUGCUAUUUAUUGUCAAUUAGCUGGUGCAUACUAUGGAUAUAAACAAAUACCCAAAGAUUGGCUAGAAAAAGUUUAUGCUCGAGAUUUAAUCGUUUCUAUGGCCGAGUGGAUUCAUUAUCGAGGAAGUCAACUUGGAUUAGAAUAUAUAAAAGAUGAAUAUAUAUUACCAAUGUUAACAUCAAUCGAUAAUAGGAAAGUUUCAGAAGAAGAACAUCAACAAAAUUUAAAUGUAUCAACAACAUCUCAAUCAAAUCAUUUAAAAGAUAAGACAAGAGUUAAUGACAAUUUGAAUAGUCAGAAAAGAAAUAAUUCUAAUCAAUCGAUAAAUAAUGAUCGUUCUUUUUCAUCGUAUUCAUCUUCGAAUAUUUCUAAUAAUGAUAUAACAUUGUCUAAUCAUGAUCAUAUAAGAUUUUCACGUUUAAAACGAUUUACGAAAAAUAAUCAAUAUGAUGAUAUUACAAUAAAAACACAUCAAUAUCCAUUUUAUCGUCAUAUGAGGAAUACAGAUCCUGAUUAG